AGAUCUGCUGUGACAAGAAGAGGUUCACAGUCUCCACCCCUUCCUGUUCCCAAUGACUUCUGCUUCGGAGUGUGUUUAUUGUGCUCACUCUCACUCUCCUAACCUGUCACUUGAUGUGUGUGUACAAAACUGCACACACACAAACACACACACACUCUGGCUCUCUCUCGUUCCCCAGAGCAGCAGGUCCCUGGAAGCAGCCAAACUGUCAGUGACUGUUGCAAACGCAUGCUCGCUCUCAGCUCGGCUCUUUCUUCAGACGCUGCCAAGGGAGGAGGUGGAGGAGGAGGAAGAGGAGGAGGAGGAGGAGGAGGAGGAGGAGGAGAAGAAGUGAGGCUGGAAGGAACAGACUGAAAUACACAGAUAGAAAAGAGAAAGAGACAGACUUGGACCAACCUCUGCCUGGCUGACUGUGGGAGACAACAAGUGAUGCCUCACACUCUCUGGAGCAGCACAUAGUUCUUUAGCUUCCUCUCUCUAAAUUUUGCCCUCUUUGCUCCAAUGAUGAGGAGAGACCGUCUCUUCUUGGCCGCGACCCUCACAGCUAUCUUCUCUGCUGACUUCUACUUCAUCCUACUGCCAAAGCUGCGGAGCAUGGGGCAAGGAUCAGGACACUUUUGUCCAUGUGGACCCAUCAACCUCACCCUUCCCAGGCACGGGGGUCUGGCCACCCCGCAGCUCUCCAACUGGACUUCUGCACUGCCCAGUGAUGGUACCACAUCUGAACCCGCUGAUGGGGGCUCCAAGCUGGGGAGGCUGUUUGCUCACCCUCUGUACAACAUCCAGACUCCGGUGCUGGGGCUGGAGGAGAGGCUUCUGCAGGAGGAGCAGCUGAUGGAGUACUACAGGAGGAAGGUGUCACACUGGGAAAGACAUAUGAAACUCUACAGUGAGGCAGCGGCUAUGUCCAACAUCACUGUGACUGAACAUGAAGUGACCUUUGACCCCGGCGCCAGCUGGCUGAAGUUCCACCUGGGAAUAAACCGCUAUGCUCUGUAUUCCCGUGAUGACCCAGCUAUCCCACAACUACUGAAAGACAUGCAGAGCAUGACCGUCGUCAGCUCAGAUUACACUCAAGAUGAGAAGGCCCUAAAAGGAGCAUGUGAUUGUACCCAAGUUGUGAAGCCCAGUGGACAUCACCUGAAACUGGCUCUGAAGAUGCAAAACUUCGCUAAAGCCAUGUUCAAACCAAUGAGGCAGCAGAGGGACGUGGAGACUCCAGAAGACUUCUUCUACUUUGUUGAUUUCCAGAGACACAAUGCAGAGAUUGCUGCCUUUCACCUAGACAGGAUCCUUGACUUCCGGAGGGUCCCACCGGUGGCUGGCAGGCUGGUGAACGUCACAGGGGAAGUCCUCCAAGUCACCCACAACGAAGACCUACGAGCUGUCUUCUUCACCUCACCAGCGAACAACACGUGUUUCUUUGCCAAGUGCCUGUACGUUUGUAAGACUGAAUACGCAGUGUGCGGGGGCCCCGACCUGCUGGAGGGCUCCCUGUCCGCCUACCUGCCCGGCCUCAGCAUCGCUCCCCGCAUCUCCAUCCCCAACCCCUGGAUACGCUCCUACACCUUCACUGGACGGGAAGAGUGGGAAGUGAAUCCCUUCUACUGCGACACCAUAAAGCAGCUGUAUCCCUAUAACUCAGGCAACAGGCUCCUCAACAUCAUAGACAUGUCCAUCUUUGACUUCCUCACAAGCAACAUGGACAGGCACCACUAUGAGAUUUUUACUAAGUUUGGGGACGAAGGGUUUCUUCUCCACUUGGACAACGCCAGAGGGUUUGGGAAGCACUCUCAAGAUGAGAUGUCCAUCCUGGCUCCACUAUCUCAGUGCUGCAUGAUAAAGCGCUCCACACUGAUGCGGCUCCAGCUUCUGGCCCGACCAGAGUUCAGACUCAGCGAUGUGAUGAGGGAGUCCCUGGAGGGAGACCCUUUGCAGCCGAUCCUGACCGAGCCCCACCUCUUAGCGCUGGACCGCAGGUUAGAGAAGGUCCUAAGAACGGUACAGCGCUGCGUCCGGAGGCUGGGUGAGGACGAGGUGAUCGCCAGGGACUUUAUCAAAUCAACAGCAACAUCUCAGACCGCCACAGAGACAGGAAAGGUCAGGUAACACAGGAUGAGAGGGUCGGCGCUCCUCUUUGCAUCACAGAAGACUUCAUGAUGAAGCGCAGUGGGCAAACAAGGCACAGAUGUUUUGUUAAGGAACAAGCCAUGAAUGGAAAACACUGUGAAAUCUUCAGAGAAGGAAGGAAUCUUAUUGUGGAGAUUCAUGACUUGAAAAACUGCAGGCCUCAGAUUCCUAUCACAGGGGGAGCCGUACAUUUUAGUUUUAUUUGCUUCUCUCAGGGUCAUAAAUUCCCCCAAGGGUGCAUUUUAUUACAGGGCUCUCAGUUUUCAUGUCCACCUACACAGUCAGGUAUGUUUGGAGUUGAUACAUUUAAAUUAAGACCUUUUAAGGAACAAUUAAAGACAAAUGUUAAACACCUAAAAGCUGUUAAAGCGUACAUGAUUUAAUACUGGAGCUUUCUUUGAUACGUGGAGCUAUUUGCGCUCUCUCACUGACAUACACAUCAAAAUCAGCAAUGGAGUUCAUAUUCAUAAGAGACAGCUGCCAUGCACUGGAUCAGUUGUUUAUCAAAUUAAUGCUUAAUGGGUGAUCGGGGAAAUAAAGAUUUUUGUGUCCAUGUGAUGUAAUUAUUUUAAAAUAAAGUUAUUUUGAAGAUAAAUUAUCACCUGCAAAUAACAUAGUGUAAGUGCAUGUAUGUGUCGAUGUCUUUGUGUGAGAAAAGUGCAGUUAAAGCUUCCAUUUAGUUUCGCC